CGAACUAAUGUCUUUACUGUCAACAAUUGAAAGAAGCAUAUUCCAAGAAGGUGAAACAAAAGCAAAGUGGUGCAAGUUUUACUGCAAGCGAAAGGGACGAGGGAAGAAAUAGGAAUUUAGCGUGUGGAACCCAGCUGAAACAAUUGAAAAAGAAACCCACUGAGAGGGUGGAAAAUGUUAUCGGAUCCAAAACUAGACAAAAGAAACUUACCCAUUCUCCUGGUUAAUAUUUUUAUGAUUAAAUUCUGAUGGAUCACAGCCGUCAGAUCAACUGCACUUAAGUCCUAAGGCAAAGAAUCUUGUCUUUUCCAAAGUACACAGUGUAAUUGACCUUGGAUUGACUCGUAAGUUGUAACUUGCCCUAAAAGUUUCAUCGGAAAUAUAAUAAUCUUUGGCUCUGUCUUCUAACAUGCGAACAAGUGGAUCAGUGUAGUGGCAACGAGUAAAGAGAUCAUUGAACAAACAGAUGGAUCAGAUGACUACUGGUGUUGAUGAAACCAUAUAUGUUGCAGUAGGAAAAGCUGUUGAAGAAAGCAAGCACACUUUGUUGUGGGCAUUACAGAAUCUUCGUCCAACAAAAGUUUGCAUUCUUCAUGUUUCUCAGCCUGCCAGUGUAAUUACCAUUGAUGGUGUGACUUUUCCAGCAAGCUGGAUUAAACAACAGGAAGUUGGGAAGAAAAUUUUUGAUAGGAUCAUGAAUGAUUACCUUCUCAUUUGUGUUCAAAAAAGGGUCCGAGCAGAAAAACUACAUAUCGCGAUGGAUGAUGUUGCAAAGGGGAUCGCGGAGGUAAUUCGUGAGCACAAUAUCAAGAAACUUGUCAUGGGAGCAGCAGCUGACAAGCAAUUUUCAGAGGGAAUGACUGAUCUUAAGUCUGAAAAAGCCCUAUACGUGGAGCGACAUGCGCCAGCUUCCUGUCAAAUUUGGUUUAUUUGCGGGGGGCAACUCAUCCAUAGAAGGUCAAUUGUUGAAACUGGACAAUCAUACCUGAGUAAUCCUUCAAGUUCUAAUCAUUUGACUAGCAAUUCAAAUCUGACUGUGUCUGAGACAUCCGAGGGGAGUCCAGACUGGCUUGAGACGCCCUACUCCACUUUGGAAGAAAAUAGGAACCAUCAACCCUUUGAUAAGCUUGAAGAAGCCCUAUUAGAUGCUGAAAAAUUAAGUCAAGAAGCAUUUGAAGAGUUGGACAGGCAUGUGAAAGCGCAAAAGAGUGCUCUUAAUGCUGUGAUGCGCCAAGCAAGUGAAUUGAAAAGCUCAUACACUGGAGAGUUAAGACGCCGGAGGGAAACUGAAGCAGUACUCACAAAACAGAAUGAGGAACUUGAACAGAUCAAGCAGCAGAGAGAUCAAGCGCGCAAACUUGCCAGAACACAAAAGUCAUUAUUGGAGAGUCGAGUUGCUAACUUAGAUGACAUUAAAGUAUUGGAAAGUAAAGUAACAUCUGCUAUGGAACAGUUACAAGCUUGCCAGAGAGAACGAGAUGAGCUGCAGAUAAAGUUUGAAAAUGCUCGCAAGCAAACCAUGGAGCAUUCAACAAAACAAGAUGAAGAGACUUGUAGCAUGCAUAUGCUGCAAUUCUUCUCAGAGUUCUCUGUCACUGAAAUUCAUGAUGCAACUGAGGAACUUGACCCUUCCUUUAAGAUUGCAGAAGGUGCAUAUGGGAACAUUUAUAAAUGUAUCCUCCGUCACACUCCAGUAGCUAUAAAGGUGCUCCACCAAAAUAGUUUGCAGGGGCCCUCAGAAUUUCAAAAGGAGGUUGAUAUUCUGAGUAAGCUGAGACAUCCAAACCUGGUCACACUCAUUGGAGUCUGCCCUGAAAUUUGGGCUCUGAUCUAUGAAUAUCUCCCUAAUGGAAGCCUUGAAGAUCAUUUGAGCCGGAUGAAUAAUACUCCCCCAUUGUCAUGGCAAACUCGAAUACAUAUAGCUACUGAGAUAUGUUCUGCCCUUAUCUUCCUACAUUCCAGUAAGCCUCAAAGGUUAGUGCAUGGCAACUUAAAACCAGGGAAUAUACUCCUUGAUACCAACUUUGGCUGCAAACUUAGCGACUUUGGAGUCUGCCAUGCGCUUUCUUCUCUCGAAAAUUCAAGCAAUAUGACUCAUUCAAGCAGCAGAUUUCCUUACCUGGACCCUCAGUUUCUUUCAACAGGGACAUUGAUUCCUAGUUCUGACAUAUACUCAUUUGGCAUUAUAUUACUACAGUUAAUUACUGGGAGAUCACCUUCGCAUAUAGCAAAGGAUGUGGAAAAUGCUCGAAAUGGAGGAUAUCUUAAUGAUUUGUUAGAUCCUUCAGCUGGAGGCUGGUCAUAUUUGCAAGCUGCGCGGUUGACUCACUUGGCUUUGAGAUGCUGUGAUGCUAAUCGAAGUCGUCGUCCAGAUCUUGCUUCGGAGGUUUUUGGGGUGCUUGAACAGAUGAGAGAUUCUAUUGGACCUUUAUCAACAUUCCAUGCUGGGUCUGAAGGGCAUCAUCAGCCUCCACCUUAUUUCAUUUGUCCUAUUUCUCAGGAAAUUAUGGCAAAUCCGCAUGUGGCAGCGGAUGGUUAUACUUAUGAAUUGCGGGAGUUGAGGAAAUGGCUGGACAGUGGCCGCGAUACCUCGCCAAUGACAAACGUAAGGCUUGCUAAUCGCAAUCUUGUCCCUAACCAUGCACUUCGUUCUGCAAUCUUGGAGUGGCAACAGCAGCGGCACUGAAUUUGUCCUUAAAUGCGUUUUCCUCCUUAAUUUGCUCAUGUCCGGCAACUCUAGACCUCGAUCUAAACCACUUAAUGUUUUUUCAGUUGCUCCUUUGUUCCAGGAAUAUGUUUGACUAGUUUCCUAGUAUUCUCCAUGUUGUAUGUUUCCUUCUAAUAUCGUUCCAAUUCUAAUGUCGUUGUUUUUUUUUUGCAAUCGAACAUAGGCAUGUCUACAAUAUUGUAUAUGUAUAUAUUAUGUGGAAUUAUAGUUGAUAUUUCUAAGAAUGGAGUUUUAUAUCCAGUUCCAGGGACUCCCGUAUCUGAUUUGCUACUGAGUAAAUAUUCAAACCUCAAAGCGUGUUUAGAGGAUUGAAAGAACGAAAUUUUCUUUGAGUCGGAAAUUUUGCUUUUAUAUGUUCAUACUUACUUAAUUGUUGUGAGUCCGUGAGAGGAAGCAAUCAUUGUACGGUAUGAUCUGAGUCAUGCCCUUGUAAUAAUAGUACCUGAGUAGCAGUAGGAGUAACUCGGGGAUAACUAUGGAUUAAAAAAAAUCCUCAUCCUUUACCAUCUCGUACCUUAUUAUUUCUCAACAAAUGAGAAAUAGUAAAAUAUUCUUCUACUUUGUUUGUUUGCUUUAGGCUUUAUUUCUUUUCC